AUGGUUUGGAUGAAGUGGUGUCUAAGCAUGCAGCCGAUGGAACCGGAGUCGCGCAGCACCCUUCCGCUAUCUAUUCAAGGCAAUGGUGUCCCUGAGUCAAAUGAUCAUGAAGCGGAGGCCGCCCACCCCUAUCCUCUAUUUUCCCGGAUAGGACAAUGCCUGGGUUUGCGCCAGAAGAAAUCGAACUGCGUGCUCACCAAGCCUCCAGGCGAUCGUCUCUUCCCUGAAGAUGUAGGGACCGUUCUUAACGUAUACGGAGAAGACAUAGAGUACCCGCGACUUAGGAUCCUGACACAUACGGGCUGCAUAAAAGAUGGAUACUGCAACAUAGAUGACUUGCUGCUGAUGCCGGAUGCGUGGGUGGCGUACAGUCAAUGGGACGGAAGAGCGCUCACACCUGAGAUCGAACGUUUAAUCCCAAAGUGUCACACUUGGUCGGGCCGAAAGUUUAUUAGUGAUCCUACUUCCGUAUUCGUGAAGGCAUAUGGGGGAGUACAAAGGGGAAAACUUAACGGAGCAUAUCCUGUCUUGGCGCUUGUGACACUGGCGGGAAAUGGGCACUCCGAAAGUGUAUUUCUAUCAAGCGUACACGUAUUUUUGGAGUCAGAGGGAGUGGAGAAGGCCAUCAAACCCCACGACUGGGAAAUUCUCAUCGACUACUGGGGAAAAGAGAUAUACGCCGGAGCCGUAUAA